AUCUUAAUGCAUGUGACAAAUUACUACUACAUAAAAACUGAUAAGAAUCAGCAAAAUCACACAACUAAGAAACUCAAUAAUUAUACAAGAUGACUAAUCUUCUGAGUCCAGAUACAACACACUUUGGAAAUGUUCGACUGUCUAGUAAGAACGAAGUUACCAGAGUGAGACCACCCAAGCAACUGGAGAAGAUGGUACUCAAAGCCGUAUUGCUAGGAGAUUAUGGAGUGGGGAAAACCACUCUAUUCAGGAGGAUACGCGAGCAAGAGUUGGUUGUCAGUGAGGGAUCAACAUCUUGGAACAGUCAGUCAAUGGAUCUGUGCAAUACAACCAUCACCACUUCAGACAAGAAAAAGGUUGAGUUGAACCUGUGGGACACAGCUGGAGCAGAGAGGUACAGAACACUUACACUCGACUUCUUCAGAAAGGCAUUGAUUGUGUUCCUAGUCUACAGAACAGACAAUCCUAGCACACUCGCUAAUUUACGCGUAUGGAAGACCGAAGCAGCUACUUACGCUCCUCCAGGAACAAUGUUUGUGCUGGUAGGUAACAUCAUCACAGACAGUAAGGUUGAUUUGUCUACGGAAACGGCUGAUGAUUUUGCUAACACAGAAGGUAUUUCGAUUCACUUUCGACUGUCAAUCACGACUACACCUAAAAGCAGCCUCACUGGCAUGCUAACAAGAGUUGUGGAGGAAGUGCUUAAAUUAAGAUCAUCAGACACUGUAGCACGAUGCGCACCUACAUGCACGAGAACAAUCAUUCUACACAAACAUCCUUCAACUCAAGACUUAGAUGACCCUGAAAACUCUCCAAGUAAAAGAUUGUGUUGGUGCUCGUAAUUCAUUUAAUUUGUGUGUGUGUGUGUGUGUGUAUUAUUCACAUGAACAAAUUCACUUCAGUUGAGACAUUGCAUACAUUAUUCACUCAAAUCAACAAACAGUGUCAUUAUGUCAUUAUGUCAUUAUGUUAUGUUCGGUGUCAUUUUGAAACAAAAUGUAUAAACCACGUUACACAAUUUAA